AUGUGUUCCAGCACUUGUGCCAAGUGUCUCGGGGCCAGCCUCAUCCCUCUGGCUCUCUGCUGUAUGGUGGCCAACAUUUUGCUUUAUUUCCCCAAUGGUGAGACACAGUAUGCUGAGGAAGACAGCCUCACACUCUAUGUGUGGUUUUUCACUGGAAUAGCUGGAGGGGGAAUAUUUAUGUUCCUGCCAGCAGCUGUAUUCAUGACAGUUGGGGACUGUGCCAAUGACGGCUAUGGGCGGAGCUGUGUGAUGUUUGGCUCAGUCCUGGCUGCUCUGAUUGGAGUAGCUGGUUCUGGAUACUGUUUCAUUGUAUCUGCCCUGGCCCUGAAUAAAGGACCCUACUGCCUCACAUCACUGGGCUGGAUGUAUCCUUUCCAAGAUUCAAAUGGAAGGUACCUGACCGACCCCGACUCCUGGUUCGUUUGUCUGUCGCCAGCCCAUGUGGUGGUGUGGAACGUCACCCUCUUCUCCAUCCUGCUGGUCCUCAGUGGCAUGGAGGUCAUCAUCUGUGUCAUCCAGGUCAUCAACGCACUGCUGAGCUGCUUGUGUGGGUCCUGCUGCAGCAAGGAGAAUUACAGCAUGAAUGCCUGAGGGCCUAGCCUCACGCAUUAACCUCUUCCACAAUGUGCUGCUCCUAGCCCAGUGCAGUCUUCACUGUGGAGCUACAAUGAGCAAUUAUAAGUUAACCUGUUUGUAUCAGUCGAAAAGGCUGGCUGCCCACACCAAAAUAGCAUGUUUUUAAGUCAGUGACUCAUUGGUAUAUGACCGCUCCGGCCAUUUGAGUAUUCAUGGAGCUUCAUUCUCAAAGGUUCUCAGGGAAGACUGCAUUCUGAAAAUCUGAAGCAUUUCAUAUUUGAAAGGAGAAAAAAGGCACCACUUUA